AUGGCGAAUUUAAUUAAAACACAAAUUGAAUUACAUAAACAAUUAGACAAGGCUUUAAAAAACUUUAAGAAAACACCUAAAGCUAGACUGACGGAAACAUACGCUCAAGUAAAAUUAGAAUUGUUAGAAGAUUUAUGGAACAACUUUAAACAAAAUCAUCAAAUAUUAAUGAUAACCACUGAGAUUAAUAUACAUGAAUCAGAUUACAUAAAGAAUGAAAUUUAUGAUUUAACUGAAGAUAUUUUUACUGCUGCUAAAUGUGAGAUGAAGGAGAUUCUUAAGACAUUUUGUUCACCUAAUCCGACUUCAGAUAGUAAUCAGACCACGUCAUCUCAGUCGAAAGCACCUACAGCUAUGACUCCGGAAUUAAAAUUACCCCAUAUUAAUAUUCCCGUAUUUACAGGAAAAUAUUCCGAGUGGAUACCAUUUCAUGAUUUAUUUGUGUCGCUUAUUCAUCGAAAUUCAGCACUUAUGGACGUACAAAAACUACAUUAUCUUAAGUCUAGUCUGAGUGGAGAAGCAGCAACAUUAUUAAAACACAUACCCAUAAGUGAAGCUAAUUAUGAAGAUGCGUGGGUGAUAUUACAAAAGCGAUAUAAUAAUAAACGAUUUAUCGUCACAUCUAUUCUAAAAAGAUUACUGUCACAAAAGUCGCUAUCUACAGAAUCAGCAGGAACUAUUAAAAACCUGCUUGACACAACAAAUGAAUGUCUAAGUGCAUUGAACAAUAUUGGAGUAUACACCUUGAGUUGGGAUGCAAUUCUAGUUCACCUAACUGUCACUAAAUUAGAUCCAGAAUCUAUCCGUUUAUGGGAACAACAAAUCAGUCUAGAAGACGACGGUAAUAGCUUGCCGACAUUUAAACAAUUAUGCAGCUACCUUGAGUCACGUUUUCGCACUCUUGAGAUGUUGGAAUCCACAAAGACCAUGUCCAGACCUAGUACAAGGCAGAACACCUUUCACACGACAUUCAAAAGUAGUUGUAAAUAUUGUCACGGGAAUCACUUUAUAUAUCAAUGCAAAGAAUUUGCCCACCUUACAUAUACUGAUCGCAAACGCUUCGUGGAACAGAACAGAUUAUGCUACAACUGUUUGAUUCCGUAUCAUACCGUUGACAAAUGCAAACAAAGGUCUACAUGUCGGAGAUGUGGUAAGAAACACCAUUCACUUAUUCACCCCGAAGGAAACACCUCAGAUCAUCUUUCUCCAGAUGCAGGAGGAAGUUCACACAUACGAGAUAAUAGACAAGCUGAAGUAGCUACAACACCAGUCGAACACAAUGUAGCGGCCCAUUACGCGGACCAGGAAAUGACCAAAAAUGUGCUGUUGGCCACAGCAUUGGUUAAAAUUCAUACAACAAAUGGGACUACAUAUUCUUUGCGUGCUCUGAUAGACCCGGGAUCCGAAGGUUCAUUUAUAACGGAGUCCGCUGCACAGUUCCUUGGAUUAAAGAAAACUACAGUCAGAUGCACAAUUAAUGGACUGGGCGACAAUGACAAAGCAAGUCUCACAUCCACUAGCAUGGUUACAUUCGUUGCACAAUCGAGAUAUGAUUCAAACUUCACUGUACCAGUACAGGCGUUUGUUUUGAAGUCGAUUACUCGGGCACUACCUGCUCAACGAAUACGCGAACAGAACUGGCUACAUCUGCACAACUUGGAUUUAGCAGAUCCAUACUUUGACACACCUGGGAAGGUUGAUAUCCUGUUGAGUGCAGAAAUUUACAGUGAGAUCCUGAAAGAAGGAUUAAGAAAAGGCCCCCGUGGUACCAUUAUAGCGCAAAAUACAUACCUCGGGUGGAUUUUGUUAGGCCGGUUGCACAAUGAGGAGACUAUACAAAGCUACAAAAUCACGACUAGUAUGCAUCUAACAAUUGAGGAUAAUUUACUACAAAAAUUUUGGGAGAUGGAAUCUGAUUCUAAACAUGAGAAGAUUCUUACUGAAGAGGAGAGUCGAUGUGAGAAAAUGUAUGAGGAGACUUAUACUAGAGAUAAAAGUGGUAGAUUUAUAGUACGCCUACCAUUUAAAGAAGCAAAUCCACCUUGUCAAUAUGGAUCAUCGAGAGAUAUAGCUGAAGGACGACUGAUACAAUUGGAGAAGAGAUUUACAAAAGAUUCUGAUUUAAUGAAACAAUACAGUCAUGUCAUGAAGGAGUACCUAAAUUUAGAUUUUAUGGAAGAGAUAGUUGAGGAACAUGAUCGACAGAUACCAACAGCUGUUUAUAUACCUCAUCAUGCCGUGAUUAAUCCGAAAAAGACGACAGUGAGAGUUGUAAUGGAUGCUUCGUGUAAAUACAAAAACGGAACUUCACUCAAUGAUAGUCUCAUGGUUGGUCCUCGUCUUCAACCAGAUUUACGCCACAUCAUUCUACGAUGGCGAUACCACAAGAUCUGUUUAGUGGCCGACAUUACAAAAAUGUAUUUGCAAAUUAAAGUUGACGAAGCAAGUUCAAAUUAUCAACGCCUCCUUUGGAGAAACAAUUCUACUGAAGACAUUAAACAUUAUAGAAUGACCAGAGUCACUUUCGGUACUGCCAGUGCUCCUUAUUUAGCGACAAAAACACUGCAUCAGCUUGCAAAGGAGGAGACGAAUAAGUAUCCCUUGGCCUCAAAAAUUACAACUACAGAUUUUUAUAUGGACGACUUAUUAUCAGGUGCAGAUACAAUAGAAACCGCUAAAAAGAUUUAUGAUGAGAUGAAUGGAUUAAUGGCUGCUGGCAAGUUUCAGUUACAGAAGUGGAAUACUAAUGAUACAGAGCUUCUAAGUUAUAUGAGAAAAGCAGAUGAUGAAGUUACUGAGUUAGAGUUUCAACUGGAAGGUACAAUUAAAACAUUAGGAAUAGUAUGGGACAGAACAAAAGAUGAGUUUCAGUAUUCAGUAGAUAUUCCAGAUAUAUCAUCUCCAGUGACAAAAAGAUCUAUUGCACGAGAUGUAGCCAAAUUAUUUGAUCCAAUGGGAUGGCUUGCGCCAGUUAUCAUCAUUGGUAAGAUAUUUUUGCAGAAGCUAUGGCUUACUGGUGUAACCUGGGACCAAGAAGUGCCUAGUGACUUGGCAUAUAAUUGGCUCAAGUUCAGAGAAGAAUUACACUGUUUAUCUGAUAUUACUGUAGAGAGAUGGUUAAAUACAACUAGUUUAGAUACAAAACUAGAACUUUAUGGAUUCUCAGAUGCCUCCACUGUAGCAUACGGGGCAGUAGUGUAUGCAAGAGUUACAGAUUCUACCCAUAAAAUCCAUAUUCAUUUAAUUUCAGCUCGCACUAAGGUGGCUCCUGUAAAAACUAUAUCGUUGCCACGUUUGGAGUUAUGUGGAGCGGUCUUAUUAACACGUCUGCUUAUUGAGAUUGCAGAACAUUUGAAUGUACCAAGACAGCACAUUUAUGCAUACACUGACUCGAACGUCGUAUUAUCUUGGCUACAGAAACAUCCAAGCACAUGGAAGACAUUUGUGGCAAAUAGGACAUCUGAGAUAAUAACCUCAUUACCUGGUCAUCAUUGGUUUCAUGUACCAUCCAAGGAGAACCCUGCUGAUCUAGCAUCUCGAGGAGUUACUGCAUCUAAGUUAAAGAAAGAGACAUUAUGGUGGAAAGGGCCAGAAUGGCUGAGAAGAGAUACUAUACCACAUAUGAUAACCCUACCAGAUUUGAAAGAAGGAGAAAUAGAACAAAGACCGGUAAAAGUAUUUACAACACAGAUAGAGAAUAACUUUUCAGAAAUAUUUACACGAUUUUCUACAGUGACAAGACUACAGAGAGUAAUAGCACUUUGUAAACGUUUCGGACAGAUAAGGAUAAACAAAUUCCCAAAAUAUGUAACAGCUGAAGAAUUAGACAAUGCAUUGAAAGCAUGCAUCCUUAUAUGUCAGCAAGAAGAAUUUUCUAAGGAUAUAGCGAGUAUUAAGGACAGUAAAGCUGUAAAACAAUACAGCAAUCUGCGAUCUCUUAGUCCAUUUUUAGAUAAAAACGGCAUAUUAAGAGUCGGAGGUCGUUUACGACACGCUAAUAUUCCUGAAGAAGCGAAACAUCAGAUAAUUUUGCCCGAUUGUCAUUAUUUAUCCAAACUAAUUAUCGCAAAUGCACAUAAAAAAACUUUACAUGGGGGUCCAACUCUCAUGCUAAGUUUCUUGAGACAGAAUUACUGGAUUCUCGGUGUCAAGAGAAUGAUUAAGCAAGAAGUGCAUAGAUGUGUUAUCUGUGCCAGACACCGUGCAACUAUUGGUACACAAUUAAUGGCCGAUCUACCUCCCCAAAGAGUAACACCCACAAGACCCUUUUUGCAUAGCGGAGUUGAUUUUGCUGGACCUGUGGACUUGCGUAUAUCUAAGGGUCGAGGUUGUAAAACGUCUAAGGGUUAUCUAUGUAUAUUUAUUUGCAUGGCAACAAAGGCCAUUCACAUUGAAAUUGUAAGCAGUUUAGAGAGUGUCGAUUUUAUCGCUGCGUUCAAAAGAUUUACCGCUCGACGAGGACACUGCCGUCACAUGUGGAGCGACAAUGCCACUAACUUUAUCGCUGGUAACAAGGAGUUACGAGCCCUGUUAAAAGAACAAUUGCGCGCUGUUAAUGGAGAAAUUUUAGACAUGCUUGCUAGAGAUGGCACUGAAUGGCAUAACAUCCCACCAAAUGCGCCCCAUUUCGGAGGCAUAUGGGAAGCAAGCGUGCGCUCGAUUAAAUUUCACCUGAAGAGGAUUCUUGGCAAUACCACAUUAACUUAUGAGGAGAUGGCUACGGUUACGGCUCAAGUUGAAGCCUGCUUAAAUUCUCGACCCAUUUCGCCAAUUAGUGAUGAUAUUAAUGAUUUACAACCUCUAACACCUGGUCAUUUUUUGAUAGGAGUACCACCUAUUAUAGUUCCGGAAAGAUCGUACAUCACAGAUAAUAUAAACCGUUUAAAUCGUUGGCAGUUAGUACAGAGAAUGGUACAACAUUUUUGGGACAGAUGGACUCGCGAAUAUUUGAGCAGACUUCAACAGAGACCGAAAUGGACAAAAAGACACAAUAACGAUAUUAAAAUAGGAGAUCUCGUUAUUGUAAAGGACGAAAAUUUACCACCCGGGAAGUGGUCCCUUGCCAGAAUCAUUGAUGUACAUCCAGGAGACGACGGUUUGAUUCGUGUUGUUAGUUUAAGAUGUAGAAAUUCUGUAAUUAAGCGUCCACUCAUCAAGAUAUGUCGCCUUCCAAUAGACCCUUAUGUUUCAUAA